CUCUCAAUUGCCGCUUCACAUACUCACUCGAUUGUGCCUGUAACAAACAUGGCGUCAGCUGCUCCCGUUCAGAUGAUUGAUGAUGACGAUGAUUUUGAUUGGGAAGCAGCUGUUAGAGCGAUUGAUGUCGCUUAUGAAGAGGCUGCUAAUAAGUUCUCAUCUACUGCUGCUGCUACUACUACUACUAGCGCAACCCCAUUUGGAAGUUCUAAUUUACAUAUGGAUUCUUGCCCUAAGACUGAAAACAACAAACCCACUUCUUCUCGUCAAUCUACACUUGAUCGAUACAUUGGAUUCACAGGCUUAAAAUCUGUCAAUCAGGAUGCCAGACAUGAUGCUCAAGAUAAGGCUGAGUGUGACGAUGAAAGAGUUAGCAGCGUUAGCAUUGACCACGAGGCGGCCAAAACCUGGAUAUACCCAGAAAAUGUUCCUGUUCGUGAAUAUCAGGUAUCCAUUACCAGGACGGCUUUAUUUUCAAAUACAUUGGUGUCGUUGCCUACAGGACUGGGGAAGACUCUUAUUGCUGCUGUUGUGAUGUAUAAUUACUUCAGAUGGUUUCCUGAUGGAAAGAUUGUGUUUGCUGCUCCUUCUCGUCCUCUUGUUAUGCAACAAAUAGAAGCAUGCCAUAAUAUUGUGGGAAUUCCACAAGAAUGGACAGUUGAUAUGACAGGUCAAACAACUCCCGCAAAAAGAGCAGACCUUUGGAAAGCUAAACGAAUCUUCUUUGUUACCCCACAAGUUCUUGAAAAGGAUAUACAGUCUGGAUCAUGUGUGGUAAAACAACUAGUGUGUUUGGUGAUUGACGAGGCUCACCGUGCAUCUGGCAACUAUUCCUACUGUGUGGCUGUUCGUGAGUUGAUGGCUGUUCCGGUACAAUUGAGAAUAUUAGCUCUUACUGCAACACCAGGAUCUAAUCAUCAGACUGUCCAGCAAGUUAUUGAUAACCUGCAAAUAUCUUCUCUUGAGCAUCGAAGUGAGAGCGAUCCUGAUGUGACUCCAUAUGUGCAUGAUAGGAAGAUUGAACUAAUACAGGUUGCGAUGGGAAAAGAUGCUCUUGAAGCAAAUAGUCUGUUAAUGGAUGUAAUACGACCAUCUGUUGCUAGGCUUUCUGCCAUGGGAGUUCUUCCGAAAAGAGACAUCCAAACACUCAGCCCAUGUGAUUUUCUCAACUCAAGGGACAAAUUUCGCCAAGCUCCGCCACAUGACUUGCCUCAAUUCAAGUAUCGGGAAGUAGAAGGGAUUUUUGGAGCCCUGAUUACACUAUAUCAUAUAAGGAAGCUGCUAUCAGUUCAUGGCGUAGCACCAGCAUAUGAGAUGCUUAAAGAAAAAUUGGAGCAAGGGUCUCUUCGCCUUUUGAGUUCACAUGAAGCUCUUCAGAAAGUAAAGGGUAUAAUGGAAAAAAACGUGUCUAAUGGCGUUCUUAGUCCAAAGUUCACAAAGAUGAUAGAAGUAUUGAUUGAACACUUCAAAACACAAGAUCCACAGAAGUCGAGGGUCAUCAUUUUCUCAAAUUUUAGAGGAAGUGUAAGGGACAUCAUGAAUUCAUUAGCUACCAUCGGGACAUAUGUUAAAGCUACAGAAUUUAUCGGCCAAAGCUCAGGUAAAAGAUCCAAGGGCCAGUCACAAAAAGAACAGCAGGCUGUUUUAGAGAAAUUCCGGGCUGGUCAAUUCAAUGUUAUUGUCGCGACGUCAAUUGGAGAAGAAGGCCUAGAUAUCAUGGAAGUUGAUCUCGUUAUAUGUUUUGAUGCUAAUGUCUCACCUUUGCGGAUGAUUCAGCGCAUGGGCAGAACUGGUAGGAAGAAUGAAGGACGAGUUGUGGUCUUAGCUUGUGAAGGCACAGAGAUAAAGGGUUAUAUGAGAAAGCAAGCGAGCAGCAAGGUUAUUAAAAAACAUAUGGUAAAUGGAGGAAUGAAUAGUUUCCGUUUUCACUCUAGUCCAAGGAUGGUUCCACAUGUUGUUAGACCUGAAAAAAGGCUUGUCAAACUGUUAAUUGAAGAAUUUGUUCCUCGUGGAAAGAAAGUGAAAGACGACAAUGACAUUCAGACACCCAAAUAUAAAGCUAAACUUACCGAUGCUGAGACUGAUUUGAUUGCAAAGUAUUUUCACCCUUCCAGAGAAAACAAUUGGAGGCCGUCUCUUAUCGCUUUCCCUCACUUCCAAGCGUUCCCAUCAAGAGUGCAUGAAGUUGCUCAUUCKUUGAGAACUAGGAUGCUAAUUGAUACAAUGCAAUGUUUGCAAGGGUUACCAAUUCCUAACCAUAGUAAAUCCUUCGACGGCUGGGAUGAAGAGACUUUGGCAGACAGCUUCAGAGUUGAAAGCGUUGAGCAUCACAAUAGCAAUACAGGAGAAGAUGAUACGAUACGAGAAGAACUUGAAAGUGAUAUUCUUCUGGACACCUCCAGAACUGAGCAGAAACACAAUUGCCCUCCUGUUCGAUCCCAAGAUCCUCCCAUCCACUCUUUUCUGUUUGGGUCGGAUUUUAUGUCUGUUGAUUCACUUGGAACCGUUCUGAUUCUGUCUGUACCGUCGUUUCCUCUGCAACAAGUUUCUCCGCCUAAAAGUUAUAGUCCACGGAACACCCUGUUUCUGAACUGUUCGAAGUCUGAUAUUAAUCCUGUAAAAGUUCCAUGUGGAGAGUACCCCGGGACAACAUUGGAUGUAUAUGGUGUUUCUACUACCCUGGUAAGAAGCCAAGGAAAUGAUGAUCUCGUGACAUCUUCACAGAACACCAAUGACUUGCGAGAGGACAAACUAGCUGGAGAAGGUAGAGUUCUGCAGACAGAAAUUUCUAAUAUAGAGUUAUUUAACACCAGGGAGAAUCCUUGUGCUGUUGUAGACAGCACUCAUUCAGCUGAUGAAUCAAGCACCGAUUCUAGAGCUGCUGAUCUCAGUCCCCGACUAACAAAUCUACUGAUGUGUGGUGUUGUUCCAGAGUCCCCUAUAGAUAAUGGCACAUCAAGUAAAUUGAAAGGUAACUGCACGACUCCAGAUGUUGAUAUGCUCCCCAAUGCCCCCAUAUCAUUGGUCCAAAGUAAGAACGAUGAAGGAGCCGAGGAGAGUACUCCUAAUAGAAGAAAUGUUGCAGCUCAAUGUAUGCAGGGAGAAAUACAAACUCCGAGAAUUGAUUUAGUGAAUGGUUCUUCAGAAAAGGGCAUUUCUGCUUCCAAGUCUAAGGGAGAAAUCCGAACUCCUGUGACAAACUUGUAUGAUAAUAGUUGUAGUAAAGAUUGGAUUUUAACUUCAGGGGAAAAAUCCGUUAGUGGACCAAAGCAUAGGCUUAAAAGGUUACGUAAGUAUGGUGAUACCAAAAGUAGGAAUUUGUCAGAUAGGGAAGAAAUUGCAGGCCAUACAUCAGUUUCUGGUAGAUCUUGUGCUCGAUUGGAUCAUGCAUCUCAUAUGCAUCGUAGAGGUGACAAGAAGCUUUUUAAUGAUGCCAGAGUUUUUAUAGAAGACGAAGCUGAGGUGUCGUCUGAAGCAUCUGGUGAUGAGGAUGUUGAUAACGGGCAAGAUUCUUACGAUGGUAGUUUCAUAGAUGACAGGAUAAAUCCGACGGUGGCAAGCACGCAGGCGGAAGCUGCUGAAUGUGAUAUGAUGGCUCUUUAUAGACGGUCUUUACUCAGUCAAACACCAAUACAGCGAUCGUCACACUUAUCCGUAGAUCUUAGUCCCGAUAAUGCUGUUCCUAUAGACCAAAUGCAUGAUAGUGGAAGUGCAGUUGGGAUCACAAACCCAUCUCUUCAUACUUCUCAUAUGAGCACGAUUGGUGAUUCCUCAUCCGUCCCUUUGAACACCGUGGGGUUCUCUUCUACCACCCUCAAUGGAAUCCGAAAAAGAAAGUUGAGUUUUUCUCAAGGUGGGUCCCCUCCUAUUCGUAAUUUAGAGAAGGAAACCUUUUUCAAACCAGAAACUGGUGGCGAAGAAUCGACAUGGCAAGGAGAAAACAUGGAUGCAUUUGAGGAUGACGAGUUCUAUCAAGGUAUUGAUCUCGAUGCAUUGGAGGAAGAAGCUACAAAACAAUUGAGAUCGAAAUCCGAGUUGAUGAACGAAAAACCAAACAACCAAAAUUUGGAUCUUUUGGAUUGUCCUUCCUUUGAUCUGGGAAUUUGAUGAUAACUUAAAUGCAUAUUGAUAUAUAGGUUUUUGGCUGAUGAUGUACAUAUUCUUGGAAUGAAGGGGAAUGUGACCUUCUGUGUAAUUAUCAUGGAGACAGCAGUGGUGAUGGAAGGGAAUUCAAGAUAUGUAUAUAUUUACCAG